ACAAACCAGUACCGCGCGGCGCGCCGACGCGAACGUGCGUUCGAAUUUUAAAUAUUAAAAAGUUAACUUUAAAAAUAAUACGAUACGUGUGUUUAUUUUUUUACAACCGGCCAGUGUUUUUAAUUGUCUUUGGAAGUGUGUUGUGGUUUUAUUUUUAAAGGAUUCUUUAUAGUGCCGUUCUUAUGUUGGAAGGUCUAAAUGAAGAGCAAUGAAGGAAGCCGUUUUCUCAGAAACAUUGAGAAGAUGUAGCAUUUCCAGAGGAUGAAGUCAGACUUCACUAAAUAAACUUGAAGAAUAUGAGAUCUAAUUCUCGAAAACUAUUCUUAGAGGGUAGACUUAAUAAGUACCAUUGGAUCGCCUUACAUUCUGAGAAAUAAUGCAGAAAUUCACACACAAUAUUAGAUCUUCGACGGACGUAUGAAUUUAGAAACCAAAUACCCACGCUUUUUAACACCUUUAGGGGUCAAAACAAUAUUGGCACAAAACAUGACUACAAGCCGAUAAAUAACUUGCAUUUAAGACAAUAGUCCUUGAUUAAGAUCUUUGACAGCGCUUGGUUCAACCCCAAGGUGUGUUUGGAAUCUGAAUCUAUGUAAAGGCCUAUGAAUGUCUGAGAUGUGCGGGAAAGAGACAGAGAUGUCGACGAGCAACGAGCUGAGUGAGAUGGAGAAGCCGCGGAUGAAACCAGCGGUGAGGAAGAUCUUCUGCUGCAGUGUGACGGCCGCGUCGGGUUUCAUCGCUGCGUACGCGCUGGUAGCGUACGCGAUAGCACUAAUCUACGAGAUAGUAUGGGUGGUGGAGUCCCAAAGCGGCCUCCCAGUGGCCUCCGCGUUACUCAUGGCGUGCUACUGUAUCGUUAUAGCGGCCACUGUCACACUGGUCCACGGUCUUAUCUCUAAAAACAACAAGUGCCUGCUCUCGUGGCUGAUCACCGUGAUACUCGUGCUCAUACCGGAGUGCGUUCUAGUCUUCUAUAUGUCCAUUAGUCAUUGGGGCCUGCAAGGCGUGUACGGCGGUGCGGAGCUGGCGUGCUACGUGGCGCGACUCCCCGCCAUUGUGUGCGGCGUCGUGUUAGUGCAGUCGGCAUACGCCAUUCGGGAAGCUAGGAACGCCGGGUACGCCAACGGGGCCGCAGUGGGCGGCAGCGAGUUCGACGCCAGCCACUACGUGCCCGAAGCGCCGGCCGCGUUCACCAACGAUGGCUUCAUGGCUGACAACGGCAAAUCUGGCUCCAUGCCCGACCUGCGGCGGCACCUCGCAUCGCGCCAGUCCUUCAACCAGGGCUACCACAUGCCGCCGCCACCACCAGCCUACUGGCAGCACCUCGCCGAGCGGCAGUACGCCGCCAGCCUCCGCGGCUACCCGAAGCCCACAGGCUACCCGCAAAUGUACGGAACCUGGGUCGGCCCGCGCUCCGGCCCUUACGACAACCCUUACAAGCGCAGACACUCCAUAGUCGGCGCUUUCGCCGACGAAUACCCGGCUAAAGACUACGAAUACGAAGACAGGGCUGACUGUAAAAGCGAGAUGGCGUAUCCAUACUACAGACAUUAUUACGACCCUAGAAUGCAUUAUCCCCCUGAGUAUGAUCCUAGAUUUUACCCCAGAGACGACGCCUAUGGAGUUAAUUUGCUAAGACAUGAUCCGUAUCAUUUUAGCAAUUCAAGAGACAGAGCGUUCUAUGGGCAAGGGUUGAGGAACAGCCAUAAUUCGGUUGGGAACGAAUCGGACGAUUUGGGGAAAUAUAAGGAUGUGGCUCUGUGAUGGUUUAAUUUAAAUAGGUAUAUAAUAGAUUUUUAAAAAUGAAAGGCGAAUAUCGAACUAUUUUCUUAUUUAAUGAGAUCUUAUGGACAGAUAAUUCGUGUUUGGAUAAGUAAUACAAGCGGAAAGAUAUCCCUUGAUGGCAUUAAAAUUAUCUCGCCGAUUUAAAAUUAAGCAUCUAAGUACUUACUUUAAAAUAUAUAAUAAAAAAAUGAUAUUGAUGAUUAUGAAUGUUCAAUAAAUGAUAUGAAUAAAAUUAUAUACGUAAACGUAUUUAGCAUAAUAAGUAUUUGAAAAUAAGUAGAAUAACUUAUUGUAAGAUAAGAUACCUUACUUACCUAAGUAUUUUUGUAAUUACAUAUUUAGUUAAGUAGUUACCUAAUAACCAAAGGUGUAAAUAUUGAAAAAUCUAUUUGUAUUAACGGCAAUCUACUUACAUUACGUACGUUAAAAGUUUCGAGUCACUAUGUUAAAAGCGAGGACAGAAUAAAUAAUAUUUUUUA